CGCGUGCGUGGUCAUUACUUGGCUUAAUUCGUCUCCUCAUUAUUUGCUGCCCACUCAUCAGUGAUUAAUGGUAUGCUGAGAUUAGUCACGACUAGUUCAGCCUACUGACAGUUGGUCAUCUUCAUCGUCUCAAACAGUUUCACGAAUAACACUCCAGCACAGCAUCACAAUGUGGCCUGUGAUAAUUUCCCCGUCAUCCAUUGUCUCCGUCCUCAUGGUGUGCACCACCUUUGGCGUGGGUGUGGUCACCACCAGUCCAGCCAAUUCGACGAAUAUGACGCAGUUUAAGUCCACCGUCCUCUACUCGUUCGCCAAUGUGACGUCAACCCCGGAAGGGAGUCACACGACCAUUUUGACCAUCGCGACUGGGCCCGAUGACCAACUACACUAUGUUCGGAGUGAGGAUGGUAAGAAAAAGCAGGGGAUUUGGACUGGACCGCUCCCUUCUGCGCCCAAACUGGAGCUGGACGACCUCCUGCUGACCCCCAAGGAGGGCUCGACGAACCACUCCUCCUCCUCCACCACCUCCUCGAUUGCAGGGGGGUUGUCCAAUCUGUCUCAAGAGAUCGACUUCAGCAUCAAGGGCUACCUCAGCGGCAUUUUGUGACGUUGAGCAGCUCGCUCAAAUUACCAUCCUUGCAUACGCGAAUGACAUCAAACUGAAUAAAUCAAAAAUGAGACCAAUCUAACGACAAAAUACAUGAUUUUAUAUGUACUUCGCUCAUACCAAAAAUUGGCAACUUACAAAUAAUAGACUCUUAAUAGACUUUUAAUAGACUUAAGUGCACUUUCUCAGUGCGCUUACCGAAUAUAAAUACCACACUUUUCGCAUAUAAUUACAUAUGAGGAAAUGUAGAGUGAAUAGUUCAAUAACUUAUUUAAUCCGUAAAUUAGCUUAUCAGAAGAACUGAAGAAGUAAUAAA